AUGUGGACCUGCAUUGCUUGGAGAAGGCGUGGUGGUCGCGUGGUUCCGCGUAUCAGGGAAGCUCCCGAAAAUGAGGUGAACAGGAUCCGCACGGCGCGCUGGAUCGGCUUCCGUAUGAGUCUCUGCGAAUGCCAGCUUGGGCAGUCCGACACUGGCUUCUGCCCCAAGUGCAGACUGAAAACGAUUCGGCUUGCCGAUUCCAAGCGUGUUGAUUCGGAGAACAUAUUCGGAGACUUGCACCCGGCUCGCGAUGCAUUGCUGGACUGCCCACUUGCAGCUUCUUUUCAUGAGUAUGCCGGCAAGGGCAGGGGCUGCGCCAGAGAGCAUGCUGUGAAGUUCCGGCUCUUCACUGGCUGCAGAACGCGGGCCUGCAUCAUUCGACUUGAGCAAAGUGCUUGGCAGACGAGGGCAUCUCGGGUCGGGGGGAUCACGGGCUACAGUUUGGUGGCUGGGCCAGCUGCUUUCACCAUCUCUCCACGGCGCCAUCUUGGCACAUUACGCCGAUGCGAGAUAACCUGCGGACGCCAAACGGUGCCUCGGGUCCGUCUGGAAGCCGCAGCACGGAGUCGGCAUUGCCAGGCUGCCAGGCUGCUAGACAUCUGCUAG